UGAACCUUUUUUUAAAUAUAUUUAUUUAUUUAUUUUGCUUUUUAGGGUGACACCCGCGGCAUACGGAGGUUCCCAGGCUACGGGUCCAAUCGGAGCUGUAGCUGCCAGCCUAUGCCACAGCCACACCAAUGCAGGAUCCGAGCUGUGUCUGUGACCUACACCACAGCUCACAGCAAUGCUGGAUCCUUAACCCAAGCAAGGCCAGGGAUUGAACCCGCAACCUCAUGGUUCCUAGUUGGAUUUGUUUCCACUGUGCCAUGACGGGAACUCCUUCAUGGAGAACCUUAACAUCUAGUGUGAUGGUAUGAAGAGGUGGGCCUUUGGGAGGUGAUUAGGUCAUGAGGAUUGAGCCCUCACGAAUGGGAUUAGUGGUCUUAUAUAGGGACCCCAGAGAGCUCCCUUGAUCCCUCCGUAAUGUAAGGACAUAGCAAUAUGGAGUCUGUGAACCAGCAAAUGGGCUCUCUCCAGACAUCAAUUCUGCCAGAGCCUUGAUCUUGAACUUACAACCUCCAGGACUGUGAGAAAUUGAUGUGCACUGUUUAGUUAAGCCAGUCAGCUUCUCGGCCUAUGUUACAACAGCCCAGACUAAGGAAAUGAUUCAAUCCAGGAUGCUACAUUGCCUUUCAACGUCUUGGUCUCCUCACCCUGUGAUGGUUCCUCAGCCUUUGUCUUUCAAGACAUUUCUUAAGUAUUGCCAGUUAUCUUGGUAGAAUUCCCCUCAACCUGGGUUCCUCUCAUAUUUGCUUGGAAUAGAUUGAGGUCGUGCACUUUGUACAGGAAUUCCAUUGAGAGGCCACUAAGAACGUCCUUCUCUGCAUCCCAUCAGCGGCUCCAUGAUGCCUCAUUUUUACAACACUGACUACAAUCAUUGAAAUAAAGAUGGUGUUUCCACUGCAAAAUUACUACUUCUCUCUUUGUAACUAAUACGUAUCCUGUAUCCUGGGGAGAAAUAUUUUGAGACAAUGUAAAUAUGCUGUUUCUCACCAUACAUUUCCCCCACCAAUUUUUAGCAUUGAGCCACAGGUCUUGACUACAACAAUCAUGAUGCGUUUGCCCAAUGGUGACCUUCCAUUUCCCUGAUUCGGCCUACAUGGAUAAGGUUGAAUUUCAGUGGUGAACUUUUACAUCCUUCAUUCCUUGUACAUGUACUAACUGGAAAAGAAGAAAGGUCACUUGCCUAGCGAAGGAAAACUGGACCCAGAGUACAAACACAGGAUCCAAUUCCAACCACUCCAGGUCCCUCCCUGGUCUUGCAAGCCUCGCCCCCAAGAUGGCGAUGGGAGCGGAGGGGUCACACGGCCGCGCUGACGCUGACGUGGCCUCUGGUAGACGUCCUACGUGUCCCUCGCGGCGCUCCGUCCGCCGUCCCUGCCCCGCGCACCUGAUCCCAAGAUGGCGGCGCCCAGCGGAAGAAGGAAUGGCGGCGGCGGCGCGAGCUUGUGGGCCGCGCUGCUCUUGGCGGCUGUUGCUCUGAGGCCGGCGGAGACGGUGUCCGAGCCCACGACGGUGGCCUUUGACGUGCGGCCCGGCGGCGUAGUUCAUUCUUUCUCCCAGAACGUGGGCCCUGGGAACAAAUAUACCUGUGUGUUCACCUAUGCAUCCCAAGGAGGGACGAAUGAGAAGUGGCAGAUGAGUUUGGGGACCAGUGAAGACCACCAGCACUUCACCUGCACCAUCUGGAGGCCCCAGGGCAAGUCCUACCUGUACUUCACGCAAUUCAAGGCAGAGGUGCGGGGCGCCGAGAUCGAAUAUGGCAUGGCCUACUCGAAAGCCGCUUUUGAAAGAGAGAGCGAAGUGCCCCUGAAAAGUGAGGAAUUUGAAGUGACCAAAACAGCAGUGUCCCACAGGCCUGGGGCCUUCAAGGCUGAGCUGUCCAAGCUGGUGAUCGUGGCCAAGGUGACACGCAGUGAGCUGUGACCAGGAGCCCCACUGAGGGCGGUUCUUCCUCAUCUCCACUGAAGGAGCCAGGCCCCAAGAGGGCCCAGUACUGGUUUUGGGGGGAGGGGGCUGUUGGUUUUCUGCCCUGGCUGAUGUUGCCCUGUCUGGAGGGGUUCACUGGGCGGCUAAGGGCCUGGAGCGGAGUCUGGGGGACCAGGACCACGGUGGUGCUGAACCUCUCCCCUGGCUCCCGCUUUCCCCGCCCCCACUGCCCCUCUUAGCAGAAGAGGCAUCAAGGCACAAGGUGGGGUAGACAGGAGUCACGGCUUUUCUAAAACCAGAGGCAUCUCCCCUGGGAUCAGGCCAGAACCCUGGAUGCUCCAGGGAGAGUCAUCCUGCUGCCCUCUGACCCCCAAGCCGACCAUGAUCUUUUAAUUCCCCAGGGACCAUCUUUCAGACUAACUGGGAAGAAAUGAAAUGUUUUCAUAUUUAAAUAAAUAAAACAAUUAAACAGAGA